AUGGGGGAUGAUGUCAUAUGCAUCGAUUCGGAUGACGAUGAUGAAGAUGAGGCGGUCGCUUCUGCUGCUGCCGGAAGUGCACUCAAUGCGCGUGCUGCAUUUGGACAACACGGGGGCCGGAAUGGACGCCAGCGGCGUAGAGCACAAAGAGGAAGAAAAAAUGACUUCACCGUCCUGAGCAAUAACACCCCACUUGCUAAGCUAUUGGACGGACUACGCCGGCUGAGCUCCGAGAUGUACUUUGGAGAAUGGGCGGAAAAAUCGGGACCGGAUUUUCCCUUCCACUCACUGGUGCAGCGCGUUCGAUCGCUCGUAGCAGAGUUCCAGCGUUACGGUACCACGACGGCAGCACGCAACGAAGGAUGGCGACAAGUGGUAAGAUUUUUAGUUCUUCUUCGAACGGUUGGACUAACGGAACCCUCGACGAACGGCGAUGAUGAUGAUCCAGGAUGUGAUAAGCACCUUCAAGAGGACGAUAAGCAGUCAAUUGACGGUGUGAGUCGGUCGCGAACUAACUGCAAAUCGAAGCGACCUGGCGGCCAUCUUUCUGUCGUUUGCUGCAAUCGUGAAAAAGCGCGACAAACCCAUCGCUACCAGCUGACAGUGAUCGAUAUACUGGCGGACUACAUCCGGUUCCGGUGUGAAUCGGUGGCACGGUUCCAUCCACCCAUCCGACCUGGAGCACUGUUGAGGGAAUGUAACCGAAUCGUUGGCAGUAUGUUCGUAAUCUUCGACGGUAGCAUGGAGCUGAUGACGUUGACCCUGCUUCGGAUCUUACCGGACCGGACAACACACACACUGCUGCUGUAUCCUGUGUUUGAGAACAUUCUUUCCAACGCUACGAACCAUAACGACUACGACACCAUACCUGGUUACGUCCGGAUGCUGCUUUGCUUCAAACGCUGGAAGUCACUGGUAAGCGGUCGGGCAGAAAAGGCUGCCAUCGAUGCACACGCCAUCCAGCUGCUCCCCGGGCGCUGUCCAACUGUUCAGCACGCUUCCGAUCUGUCCUUCCUGAGAUUACUCCCACCCGUACCAUCUGGUCAGCGUGUCGUCGAAACGCGCUACCUGCUGGUUAACGAUCUGUUCAGUUUGGAGCACUGCAUCGCACAGUUCCUCCGACAUUAUCGCCGAACUGCUGGUAUCCCGUCAGUGGACGAAUCGUUCCCGAAGCAACGCGACAACAGCUCCAUCCGUCAACGGCGUCUGCACUCGAUGGAAAUCAGAAGCAAUUACAUCAACGUACCGCUUCUGGCGGAGCUGAUCGAACGGAAGAGUCAGCUUUGGGCUCGAGCAUUUCCGACACCACCGGACAUGAUAUCCCUCCCGGAUUCCCGUCUCCCCAUCCCGAACCAAUGCCUCCAGCAGGAAGUGCAUUCCAUCAUCGAGAGCUUACGAUUGAUAUUUCGCAACCGGGCCGAAUUCAUCGAGCUGACGCUGCUGCGCGUGAAACCUUACCCAUCCUCCAUCAACCUGCUCGGUCCGGUCUUCGAAGCCUUUCUUGGUACGACAGCAGCAACACCGUGCAGUGCAACACCAAUCACCCCUACCGGGCUGACCAUUUAUCGAUCAAACGAUGUGGAAACGUACGGUCGGUUGAUGCUUUGCUACGCCAAGUGGAAGUCACUGUUCUGGACGGUGGCGGGAAUGAACGACCCCGACGAAUGGGCCAGCAUCGAUGCAGUUGCACUUACGCAAUUGCCGUACGAUUUUCCUCGUGCCAUUUGCCCGAGGGAUGCACUGCUCAGACGCAUCUUUCCGAUCGUCGCGAUGCAAUGCCGCAUCGACAGUACGACAGGUGUGGCGCCAACGGAUGGGAAACGAAACAAUGCGACGACCCGUACUCUUCUUCGAACACUUCCCAAACGACCCGAUCUACAGGAGUUAUGCUUGAAAUUUAUACUGGCGUACCGCUGCGGCUCAGAUGCAACUCCACCCGCGCAAGAUCUACAGGACUGGCAGGAAGCACACCCCCAUUCGGCACAUUCAACCGCAUACAAAUCAAUGUUCGCUAGUGCGGAGCGGUCACAUCGUUGGCACUUGAGCGGCGCUGUAUCCGGCCAGCCUACCUUACAUCCGCACGAACACACCGAGUGGCGAUCGGAAAUGAAACCGAUUAUUAUUCCAGACAGCGACGAUGCAGACGAAACGUCCACCAGCGAUGCCAUCUCAAUGCUGGUCAAAGAAAGCGCCCAUAACAUUCCGGCUCACCACUUACUUCACCCGGAUUCUUCUACGCCUCGGUCCAAUGAUGUGUUUUGUCCAACGAUAGUUUCCACGGGCAACGAUACAUGCUCCACAUCGGGCAUGGAUCGACACUCGUCCACUACAUCGACCGAUGAGUUCGUUACCGACAGCGCGACAACGGUGGUACCGGCAUGGCCACCUUUUGCGGAAUGUUUUCUCAAUACGCCUCCGGCAACACCACAGCACGAAGUGCCUCCGGAAGUGGUCGAUGAGGAACAGCGACGUGUUGUGCUGGUCAAAAAGUCGUUCCCGAGUUCGAGCUGGGCGCGACUGAAAGGAACGAUUCGAUUGAUAGGUCAACGAAAGAAACGAAUCUCAGCGGCAGGAAUCGUCAAACGUGUGCUGGGGAAGAUUUUCGCGCACGGUGGUUGGUGGAAUUUUUCCGAUAUUCUAGCCGUAAAACUUCACAGCUCAACCAAGGCCAGCCGAGGCUCAUCAAUAAUAAACGAGGGUCUGACAGGGAAUCGUAUAUUGGAGGUAAAGGACACGCUUACAAAUGACCGACAGAAGCUUUUAUCGUCCCAGCCAGCCACACCGACGGUCGAUUGUCAAAGUUCGACCGGUAAGGCUGAUGGCGAUCGUGCAAAAAACGAUGCCUUGCUGCGCGAACUUAUCGAUUGUCACGGUAGUGUUGAUACAAUGCCUUUGGAUUCGAUACAGGGUUACGUUGAUUUUGCUAUUUUGCCCGACAAUCCGGGACACGGUGCGGAACGCAGCCUAACCGACACCGUGGAUGACCCGGCGUCUCCACCGGUGUACGGAACAUGCGUUGACACGUCCCCGCUCUUUGCUGCUGAUAGUGAUAAAUAUGUAUUGUUGUUCACCGAGCUUGGACCCGUUUCCUGGCCAAUUGUAUAA